AUGGGAAAAUUCAAACGCUACAGGUAAUUUAUUUCUUCUUUUUUUAACUCGUGAAUAAAUAAAUUUUUUUGUCAUCAGUGUUCUUCAUUUGCAUCGUAUUUUUCAUGUUUUUGAAAGCUAACGAAGGAAAUUAGAUUGAAAUAGAUCAGCUUUUUUUGUUCAUAGCUCUUAAAAAUUUAACGACAAUGGAUUUAGUUGAUUUUGGAAUAAUGGUUUUUUGAAAAAUACGCGAAUUUUUUCGAUCGGGUAUGAUAAAAACUUUUAAGUUUAUUCAAUUGAACAACAAACUUUCAGAUAAGAGAUAAGAAACCUACGAUUUGAUUUUUUCCGUAUUUUUACAGAGCCGGAUUGCAAAUCUCGUUUCUUCUACCAGUUCGGUUUUGGUCGAUAAUACGCCAAAUAGCUCUGUACUCUCUCAAAUUCGUUUCGAAUGCUCUAGGUUGUCCGAUGAGGCAGAUUAGAAAGUUUUUUAUUGAUUUAGAAUCACUAAAAAAAAUGGAUUUUCAAGGUUUGUCACGAAAACUCCAAAUUUUUCUGUCGCCGUCGAGUUCAAGGCAAAUAUCAAUAUCAAGACUGGCAAUGAGAACGAAAAAGAUGUUGAGAAAGGUUAUAAUUUUUACUCUCGAUAAUCGGCAUUAGGAUUUUACCAAAUUUUUUAAUUCGUGCGUAAAAGUCACCAAAGCGAUAUAUAAUGUUGUACCCAAUUUUCCUAAAGGCUCUCGAAAUUCCGAUUCCGCAGAUUUUUUAAACUUUGAACUGACGCGUAAAUUUUGAAAUCGCCUAAAUUUCCUACAACAUGGAAUAAUAAUGAAAAGUUUAGUUCGAAAGUUCGGUUUUUUUGAGAUGUGAUAAGAAUUCAAUUUGACUAUUUAAAUAAGCCGACAUUAACAAUAUUUUUAAAAUCUUGUUUCGAUUUGGUUUUCUAAGCGGAAAAGUGAUGGAGUAGUUUGGGAAACUAGAGAUUUUCAAAAUGUGCAAUUCGCUAGUUUAAAAUCGAGGGUUUUGAACUCACCGCGCUCGAAAUUGCUCUGUUUGAAAAUUUUGUACCAGAAAAGAAUUAACUUGUGAAAAGUUUCUGAAAACUCCGAACAAUUUAGAAAAAUUGCAGCGAAAGAAAGAAUCGCAAGGAUCACUCAGCUUGAAGGGGAGAUCGAACAGCUCAAAGAGCAGCUCAGCAGCCGUUUCUGA